UUCCUGAAACGGCAUGCAGCGGACUCCCAUCCGUGGUGUUAGAACAACCGUCCUUCGUGAUCAGAUCUCCGGGAUCGUGCCGUGACGAUGAUUCUUUCCCCAUGCGUAGGCGGUCGGACACCUGUUUCGCACAUUCACGCCAUAAAGCAUCGGUCGUAAGGCGCGUAAGGUCUCGAGUGCGCUGUCUCCACAGGAUCGUUAUGACGGGGCCCAACCUUCAUUUGGACAGCACCAUCGGAUGUUUCUUCGUCGGCAUGGUCUUUGCUAUAGUACUAUAUGGUUGUUCCUGUGCUCAGGCAUUGUAUUACUUUUGGCAAUAUCCGGAGGACCGAGCGAGAAUGAAAUUCUUUGUUUGUCUAUUAUGGGCUCUCGACACGGCUACGACAGCAACGCACAUUGAGACAAUAUGGGGAUUCCUGCUCCGAGGGCACUUAAACCCACUAGCACUCACAGUAAUGCCGAUCGCUGGGCCUAUCGAGUGGUUUCUUGCAGCUACCAUUGUUGUCAUUGUGCAGUUGUAUUACAUUUACACUAUAUGGAAGCUCGUUGGAGAGCGCUGGUUCAGAUUACCCCUCGCGGUGAUGGCGACCCUGUUGUCCUUGCUAUCAUAUGCGUUCGGCAUCCAAGACACCCACUUGAUCAUAAACCACCCCGAGCUUCCAGGCGCCUUCAUGAAUAAUAAAGCCAAGACUGCAUCCUUCGUACAACCACUGCUCGCCGCCAUUGCCGACAUUUAUAUCACUGCUGCACUGUCGCUGCUCCUGCGGCGAGAGAGAAGUGCUUACAGACGUACAUCAUCGCUCCUUCGCAAGUUGACUGUCUAUAUCAUCAAUCGUGGUGUCCUUACUGCGGUACUGCAGAGCCUUCAAGCCAUCUUAGUGAGUCUGUUUUAAUUAUUUGAUGCCAUCUGCAGGACGAUGAGGGACAUCUCAGUUCGCGUCCUAUCGCUCAAACGGGUUUUACUGGUCCCUAUUUGCCUUUCCGGGAACGAGAGUAUAUGUGGUAUCGACACUUGCUGUACUGAACGCCCGGCAUUCCAAUC